AUUUGAACCAUUUGAAGGUGAUCGCUGUGCGCAAAAUACGAAUCAAUGAGAUAUGCGUGUUUUCUCUUAUUGCUCGAAGUUUUUUGGGGUGUCGAGGUAAACUUAAUUAAUGGGAAUGAUCAAAACGUUCAGCAAACUUUUGUCUCGAAGCUUCAUUCCUGCCAGGUUCAAGUCAACUCUUAGUCCAGAAAAUAGGAUGCGUUAUAUACAGUGGUACUCUUUCGUUGUCCUUGUAGGGUCAUUCACUGUAGGCUCAGUCUUACUGACAAAAGACCUCGCAAAAGCCAAAAAAUUAUCAGAAGGAAAAUAUGGUUUGCCAUCUAUUGGUGGCGAUUUCAAUUUGGUUGAUCAUAAUGGAAACCCAUGUAAAUUGGCUGAUUUUCGCGGAAAAUGGGUUCUGUUGUACUUUGGGUUCUGCCGAUGUCCAGAUAUAUGCCCAGAACAGAUAGAGAGACUUGUGGAAGUAUCUGACAAAAUAAUGCUUAUUGAAAAACCCAAGUAUCCCUUAGUACCUGUAUUCAUGUCUGUCGACAGUGAACGUGAUACCCCAGAUAUUUUAGCCAAUUACGUUAAAGAAUUUUCACCACAUCUGAUUGGGCUGACCGGUACUAAAGAAGAAAUUGAUAAAGUUUCUAAGCUCUAUCGUAUUUAUUACAGUGCAGGACCAAAAGAUGCAGAUGGCGAUUAUAUCGUUGACCAUACUGUUAUAAUGUACUUACUGGAUCCAAAAGGACAAUUCUCCGACUAUUAUGGACAAGUUAAACCAGUACAGGAGAUUGUACAAAAUAUUACAGAAAAAAUGAAUGCAUACAAAGACUAACACUUCAUUGCCAUUUCUGUGUUCACUCAGUCAACCGGCACGUGUUCCUCAUCCCAUAUCUUCCUGAAUAGAAUGUGGAUCAUGAUUGCAGUUUCUUAUACAUCUGACCUUAGUGCUUCAGGUGGCAUAUUGUCAAGUUCAGCUGCUUUCUCACACUACACUUGUCUGGUAGCUAUCCUGACUUCUCCGCUUGUUGGCAGAGUGACAUCUACAGGAAUGUCUGUAGGCAUCGCUUCAAUGUCCGGUGGAUUCAAUGGAGCUGGCUUAUUAAAGAGCUUCUAAAAUGUUUCACCCAACUGUUCCUUUGUUCUUGACCGGUAUUUCUGACUUACUAUAUUUCCCUGCUAGUUUCUUCAUCAUAUGUUUCUUCCUUUUGUGGCUUUUUUCAGCAUUAUUUUGCAUUAUUUUUACUAACCAAUUUUCCUGAAGAUGCAUAUAUUGUACUUUUUUGUAAUUAGUAUGGUAGACUUGUUUAUAUUUUGCCUUAAGUAAAUAUAUACGAAACAAUAACCCAGAAGUAUGAUAAGAUUAUUUAAAUUAUCUCAUAGUAUAUUCUAUGGAAUAUUUAAGAUCAAAUCUAAUUUUUAUAAUGUAAAAUAAUAACUAACUAAUUUG